AUGAGCACCCCAAUAGGACACUACACGGGUGAAUCGAAUUACAACACUGCCAAGAUGACUAGCAGUGCGAAACUUUCCACGCCUGCGUUCUCCGGAAUCGCCAGAGAACGACAAGCCCUAGCGGUCCCGAUCAUGCUUUGUACCUCAGUAUCAUUUGGUGGAUUUUUGGCUGGUUGGGAUGUUGGAACCAUUGGUGGGAUAACCAAUAUGGAGAGUUUCAGUCAGAAUUUUGGUACUUUAGUGAAUACCUGGACUGGAGAAAGAAGGCUUCCAGCGAUCUCGGUCGGCCUGAUCAUUUCGGUAUUUAGCGUAAGCUCAGCCGUUGGAGGUCUAACUUUGGCAAAAUUAGGUGACUAUCAGGGACGUAAAUUUGGAAUUUAUGUUGCGUUGGUGGUGUAUUGCGUGGGUCUAUGGAUAACACUGAUGAACGAUACAAAUUGGAUACAGUUCCUCAUCGGAAGAAUUGUUACCGGCCUUGCAGUUGGUUCCACUGGAGUCUUAGUCCCAAUAUAUCUAUCAGAAAUUGCACCAGUUACAAUCGGCUCAACCAUGAUUGGAUCAUAUCAAGUGCAGACUACGCUUGGUAUUCUGAUGGGUAACAUUGUUAAUUAUUUCUGCCAUCAAGUGCUGGAUAAUGAUGUUCGGAAUAUGUCAUGGCAGUUACCACUAAUUUUGGGGUACCUCUGGGUGCUGAUAAUAACGAUUGGUCUGAUUUUUACACCAGAAUCAGCACCAUUUUUGGUAGUUCACAAGAAUGCAAUUCCUGACGCUAAGGCAUCAUUUGCCAAGAUGAACGCUAUAUCGAGAGCAGAUCCCAAGACACUAGAAUUUAUUGAUAGAAGCCUUAGAGAGAAGCAUAAGAGUCGUAAGGAGGACAAAAGUCAAGACAUUUUGGAUUGGGCAAGAAGUAGGCCAAGACUCGGAUUACGUCUACUCGUCGGUAUUUGCGUGAUGUCAUUCCAACAACUAUCGGGAAUCAACUAUUUUUUCUACUAUGGGACUACGAUAUUUGAAGCCCGCCAAAUGGAUUCAUAUGUGGUUACAAUAAUACUAUCACUGGUGAACUUCCUUUCAACUUUCGGCGGUCUCUAUGUUGUUCAAGCGAGUGGUAGAAGACCAAGCUUAUUAAUUGGAUCAAUUGGUAUGUUUUGCUGCAUGCUUGUUUACGCCAGUGUUGGAAGCUUUGCACCAAGAGGUACUGCUUCUUAUGUUGUGGUCAUCAUUGCAACAUGUGUUUAUUUGAUAUUCUUUGCCACUACUUUGGGACCAGUUACGGUGAUUCUUGUUGCAGAACUUUUCCCAAUGAGAACUAAAGCCACUUCAAUGGCAGUUUGCACAUCUUUCUACUGGAUGUGUAAUUUCCUCGUCUCAUUUCUGACUCCAAUAAUAGCUGAUCAAAUUGGUUUCUUAUACGGUUAUUUCUUUGCUGGAUUUUUACUCGUAUCUGCUGUGUUUGCAUGGUUCAUGGUCCCAGAGACCAAAUACAUGACACAGGCGGAUAUCGAUGCAUUCUAUGACAAAGUUCGCUGA